CCCAUUUUGGAAAAAGGCCAACUCUCUCUCUCUCUCUCUCUCUCUCUCAUAGAAACAUGCACACACACAAAUAUCAAAGUUGAGCAAAGAAAGAAAGAGGCUAUAAUUGGCGUGGAAAAGUGGACAAGGCUCUACACUUUGGCUUCUUUGGGAUUAGAAAUUUUCCGAAAGCUGAAGUGAACGGAGUGGAAGCAAAAGUAAAGGUAGGUCUUCAAAUUUAAGAUGGGGAGAGGAAAGAUUGAGAUCAAGAGGAUCGAGAACACCACAAACCGUCAAGUGACCUUCUGCAAACGAAGAAAUGGACUGCUGAAGAAAGCUUAUGAGCUAUCCAUUCUCUGUGAUGCUGAAGUUGCCCUCAUUGUCUUCUCCAGUCGAGGCCGCCUCUACGAGUACUCCAACAACAACAGCAUAAGGAACACUAUAGAGAGGUACAAGAAGGCUUGCUCAGAUAGCUCAGGUUCAACCUCCAUUACCGAAAUUAAUGCUCAAUAUUAUCAACAGGAAUCGGCAAAGCUGAGGCAACAGAUUCAAAUGCUGCAGAAUUCCAACAGGCACUUAAUGGGAGAUGCCUUGAGUACUUUGAGUGUGAAAGAGCUAAAGCAGCUGGAGAAUAGGCUUGAACGAGGCAUUAAUAGAAUCAGGUCCAAGAAGCAUGAAAUGCUGCUUGCAGAAAUUGAGUACUUGCAGAAAAAGGAGAUCGAGCUGGAAAACGAAAAUGUGUGUCUUCGAACUAAGAUUUCAGAAGUUGAGAGGCUUCAACAAGCGAACAUGGUUGGGCCAGAGCUGAAUGCAAUCCAGGCAUUAGCUUCUCGCAAUUUCUUUAGCCAAAAUAUGAUGGAGGGUGGAGCAACCUACACACAGCAAGACAAGAAGAUUCUCCAUCUUGGGUAAGCUUUGUGGCGAGAGAUUCAGCAAAUGCUAGCUCAAUAUUAUUCAAAAUAAUGAUGUCACUGCCUACUGUUUUUAGUAGCGUUGUGUGUCCAAUAGUUCUGGAACAUUGCCAUUUUUAGAAACUGCCGAAGCACUUAAUUAGCAUAUGCUUGCUGCAUAUGAACAUGGAAAUGUAUUUGGAAAGAUUGUUAUAUGACUUGGUUCAAUCUCCAGAAUAAUUACUUUAGUAAGACUGGUAAUUCAGUAAGUUUACCGUACUCA